AGUGGCGUCCUUCAAAUCUUGCAACUCUCGUUGGUUCUCAUUUUGUCUUUUUUCUCUCUCUAAAAUUCUAGAGCGAGAAAAAGGAGAGCUUAAAGUGGUGCAACAGUUCAAUUGAUGAACGAGUGAUUGAUUAUUGAUCUCUCCUUUUGACUUUCCAAUUCAUGUUCUCAUUUUCCCUUUGAUUUCUCCUUCUGGGUUUUUUUUUUCCUCCCUCCCCUCAAUUUGAUGAUCAUUUUUUGAAGGUUUCGCAUUGGAACAAUUGUAGGAAAAAAAAACUUCAAUGGUUGAGUUUUUCUUGUUCUCUGUUUGGUCCUAAAUGUACCAUCACCAAAAGCACAUGAACAAAGUGGGGUUUGCUAGGAGUUAUGUUCAUUAGAUUGGUGACUCAACAUUUUUCCAGAAUUGGCAUCAUCAUCUUUGGAGGGCAUAAGUCUUUACACACACAAUCAAUAAAACAAUUCCACACCUUGUGAAUUUGUUAUCAUUUUUUGUGUCAUUAUAUUUCAGCUCCAAAAUUCACCUAAUUAAAGCCUCAAAAGGUUUCUUUCUUCUUCUUUUUGAUCAAUUCAGAUUUGUUUUUUCUAGUGAUCAUGGGUUGUGCAAGUUCAAAGCAAAAGAAAUGUCGGCGAUGCAAUGCUCCUUAUUCUCCUGCUCCUAGAAGCUAUUCAAUGCACGUUCAUCACCCACCUCUAGCAGAAGGUGAUAGCUACCAUGUUGUGGCACUCACUUCCACAACAUUGGGCACUCUCAAACUCAAUUCCCCUGCUCCAACUCAAAAUUUUGCAAAUUGUGACCAUGAUUUCAAGCUUUCCAAUGGCAAGGUUGGAAACGCUGAAAGUUUCAGGUUUGAUAGUGAGAGCUUUGUGCAAAGGCUUGAGGAGAAGGAGAAGGAGAAGGAGAAGAAGAGUGAGGUAUUGGAGAAAGAUAAGAAAGAAGAGUUCUCAAUGGGGCUAAUUGAGGCCAAGACUUGGUCCAACAUGAUUGAGCAAAAGUUGCCAAAAGUUUUUCCCAAGACCCCAAUUAGAACACCACCUGGUGAGCCUGAGACAAUCAACACAUGGGAACUCAUGGAAGGCCUUGAAGACACCACCACGCCUUUCCGGUCGCCGAGCCACUUCCGGAGUUUCUCUUUUGAUUUCAAUGGUGGUGAUGAUGUUGGUGUUGGUGAUGGUGGUGUUGAUGUUGAUGUUGAUGUUGAUGUUGAUCCACCCAAGAUGAGUGUUGUUGCUUCUCCAAAACCCAUGUGGCUUCUGAUGACCGAGGAGGAGUCAAGACUCAACCCUGAAAUCUCAGAUUUUGAUCCUGAAGUGAUUUCCUCAUUCAGAAAGUCCUUGCAACAGCUCUCUCCGGAUAGCCCCUUCCACCUUCAACCGGCACCGCCGGGCGAUGAAGAAGACAAGCAUGGGACUAAAAAGGGGUCCUCAUUUGAGGAAAAUGAAUUUGUUGUGGAUGAUGUCAAGGUUGAUGAUCCAUGUGGGAAGGACAAGGUGGUGUUGUAUUUCACUAGCUUACGCGGCGUGCGAAAGACUUACGAGGAUUGCUGCCAAGUGAGGAUGAUUCUGAAGGGAUUGGGAGUAAGAGUGGAUGAGAGGGAUGUGUCAAUGCAUUCAGGGUUCAAGGAAGAGCUUAAAGAGCUAUUGUGUGAUGGCUAUGGCAGUUUAGGAUUGCCAAGAGUGUUUCUUGGGGGGAAUUACAUUGGUGGAGCUGAGGAAAUUCAGAGGCUGCAUGAGGAUGGGAAGCUUGAGAAGCUUUUGGUUUGUUGUGAGAAGAUUGAGGACAGUGUUGGAGGUGAUGGAGGAGGGGGAGUGUGUGAGGCUUGUGGGGAUAUAAGGUUUGUUCCUUGUGAAACAUGUUGUGGAAGCUGUAAAAUUUACUAUACAGGUGAUGAAGAAGAUGAAGAAGAAUAUGUUGAUGGUGAAGUGGGGGAGUGUGGAUUCCAGCGUUGCCCUGAUUGCAAUGAAAAUGGACUAAUUCGUUGCCCCAUGUGUUGCUGUUAGUUCUCAAAUUUCCAGGUGACACUUAACAAGAGGUACUAAAAACCAAAUUUUUGAGUUUUUGUUCUUCAGGGCAUUUUGUAUUUGGUGAGAUUUUGUUGUACAGUCAAAUUUUUUUAUGUGUUGGAUACUUACUAGUGAAAGAGUGAAUAACGUGUUCUAAUCACUGCCCUCUGCAUAAUCAGUGCAGUUUGCUACAUAGUGUAUACUUUUUCAUUUUCCCUUUUGUACACAAUUGCCUUUCUUGCAAAAUCAAGGAGAAAUGCAAAAGAGCAUUAUAAAGUUAGUUACUAUGAUUUGCAUUCUUUCA